GUCUGCGAGCUUCGUCGCGUGUGAGGCAAGAUGGUGAAACACAACAACGUCGUGCCGAACGGCCACUUCCACAAGAAGUGGCAGAGGAGGGUCCGGACAUGGUUCGACCAGCCCGCCAAGAAGAAGGCGCGCCGCCAGGCUCGGCAGGAGAAGGCCGCUAAGAUGGCGCCGCGCCCCACCCAGCUCCUCCGGCCGGCAGUGCACUGCCCCACGAUCAAGUACAACUCCAAGGUCCGCCUUGGGCGCGGCUUCAACGUGGAGGAGCUCAAGGAGGCGGGCAUCUCCAAGAAGACGGCCCUCACGAUCGGUAUCGCCGUCGACCACCGCCGCACCAACAAGUCGGAGGAGUCGUUCGCGGCUAACGUGGCUCGCCUGAAGGAGUACCGCGCCAACCUCAUCAUCUUCCCCCGCGGCAGCAAGCACCUGCCCAAGAAGGGAGACUCGUCGCUCGAGGAGCAGAAGGCCGCCACGCAGGUUACCGGGGUUACCAUGCCCCUCGUCAAGGCCGACAAGCCCGUCGAGUUCCUCCCCGUAACCGCGGAGAUGACCGCAACCAGCCUCCACAGCGAGAGGCGCGUGGCCCGCAACGAGUUCAAGUUGGCCGGAAUCCGCAUCCGCCAGAAGGAGGAGAAGACCAAGAAGUAGACGGAGCAAACUUGUCAUGAUUUUUUCGAAAAAAAAUGCCGGGGGAAUUCCGUCUCUGAAAGAACUGGGAGGGGUUUCGAACUGGUUUUUUUCUUUCGGGAAAUCGGGGGCGGGCGGCUGGCGCUGUUGGUUUUUCACGGCCUUCACGCGCUUGUUGUUUAGCCGGGCCUGCUGCUUGAGUGACGAGGUUUUUGGUGACUGUUGCGGCGGGUCUUCGCGUUUUCGGGGCACUUAAAAAAAUAAAAUGAACAAAAACGAAAUUUUG